UAAUCAGCUCCUUUCUGCAAACAGUUUGAAUAGAAAACAAUGAAUAACAUCAGUGUCGCAGUGUUAGUGGCUUUAGUCCUUAUUGGAUCAUUUGCUGUGCAAUCUGAUGCAAGUGAUUAUUAUGGUCCAAACUAUGGUCCUUCAAGACGUUGGGGAGGUUAUGGCAACAAUAACAGAUACAAUAGAUAUGGCGGGCGUUAUGGCGGAUAUGGCGGGUAUAAUGGCGGGAACAAAGGCUGGAGACGACCUUCAUGGGGACGACGAAAAUAUAAAUAUUGAAACAAUGAUAUAUUUAUAACUGUUAGCACAGCAACAUGUUUGGAAACGAGAGAUAGAU